AUGUAUUCGGCUUUAAUUGGUCAUAAACAAGGUCAAUUUUGGCACAUCUUUUGGACUGGUUCGUUGAUGUAUGUCGCAAAAUGUUUGUACUCACUGCAUUUUGAAUCUUACAGUGAUCAGCGGAUAACCCAAGACGUUGAAAGAAUGUCAAAUCAGUUGGCAAUCAACAUCCUCCCAAAUGCUCUUAUCGGUCCGUUUGUUGUCGCAUGGUACACUUGGAAGACGUGGCAAGGAGCAGGCGUCUUCGGUGUAGCUAUAACAUAUGGUUAUUUUGUUUUCGGUACUAUCGUUAACAGACUUUUAAUGGGUCCGCUUGCUCAGUGGAGCGCUCGUGUUGAAAAAGCAGAAGGUGAUUUUAGGUAUAAACACGCAUCUAUUCGGGUGAACGCUGAAUCGUCUGCCUUGCAGGACGCGGAUAAAUUUGAGAAGAAAGAAUGUGAUAGGUUUUUAAAUCGGCUGCUUAAAAUUCAGACACAUUUCUACUGCUGGAGAUUUCCAAACUACUUUUGGCAACAGACUUUUGAUUACUUUGGUGCAAUUCUCAGUUAUUUAAUUCAGUACUUCCCAAUUUUCCUAAUGCAUUCUUACAGUGACACCAGUCCAGGAGAUUUGGCAAUGAUUAUCAGCAACAAUGCAUUUCGCUACAUUAUGCUGAUUAACAGUUUUACGAGAGUCACCGAUGUUGCAUUAUCGGCAGGUGAAGCUGCUGGUGUUGUACAAAGAGUGGCCGCUUUUCUCGCUUCUGCUCAACAGAAGUGGGAUGAAGGUCUGAAUCUAAUAAUUAAAAAGGGUGAAAACAUUCUUGUUACUGGAAGCACUGGUAUUGGGAAAUCGUCGCUUUUCAGAGUAAUCGCACAUUUGUGGAAGACCGAGCAAGGUUUUGUCGAACGUUAUAUUGACAGAAGCCGUAUAUUUCACCUUCCUCAACGUCCAUACUUCCCCACUGGCUGUCCAACUUUGAUACAACAGCUCUGCUUCCCUGAUACGUUCUGCGAAGCCGAAAUACCCAGAGAAGAAGUGAACGAAAUUCUAACAAUAUUUGAAGCGUUGAAACUACAGAAAUUACUCGACCGUUGUGGCGGUUUGGACAAAACUGUGGAUUUUGAAUGGCAAGAGACCCUAACGCCAGGAGAACAGCAAAGAUUGUCUUUUGCCCGAAUGCUGUAUAAAAGGCCGUUGUUAGCUAUCCUUGAUGAAGCGACCAGCAGUGUUGAUAUAGGCACUGAAAAAAUCAUGUACAAACUGCUUCAAAAGGUCACUGUUUAA